UGUUCCUCUUUGUUGUAAGGUUAGAUCCGGAAGACUCGCUCAGCGAUGACAUGAAUGUGUUGAUGAUGAUUCCGUGAAUCAAGAGGUGUUUCCUGUCUCACCGCAGGAAUGCAUGUUGGAGACUAUGGGGAGCUUGGGGGCAGCCUCCCCGCCAUCGCCUCCCUGAACGCUUCCUACUCUACAUCAAUGUCCCUCCCUUCCCCGUACCUGUUUGUACCACCUGCAGAGCGCAAGGUCAUCUCCGACGUCCGGCGCACCUUCUGUCUCUUUGUGACGUUUGACCUGCUCUUCAUUUCCCUUCUUUGGAUUAUUGAGCUGAACCAAAUCUCCAGCAACAUCUGGGUCAAUUUAGAAAAUGAAGUUGUGAACUAUGACUUCAGAUCUUCCUUUUUCGACAUCUUUCUCCUUGCCGUGUUUCGUUUCCUGUGUCUGCAAGUGGGUUAUGCAGCUUUUCGUUUGAAGCACUGGUGGGUCAUUGCAAUUACCACUUUAGUGACGAGUGUCUUCCUCGUCGUAAAAGUCAUCAGAUCAAAUCUUCUAUCCCAGAAUGCCUUUGGUUAUGUUAUACCCAUAACCUCUUUUGUGGUGGCCUGGCUGGAGACCUGGUUUCUUGACUUUAAGGUGCUCACGCAGGAGGCAGAUGAUGAAAGAGCCUACCUAGCAGCAGUGAACGCAGCCUGUGAACGUGCCCCCAUGAUAUAUCCCCGAGCUGUUUCUGAUGGACAGUUCUACUCUCCGCCUGAAUCUGUAGCAGACUCAGAAGAGGAUCUGGAUGAGGAGGGUCUCGGCCGUAGAGCAGUCACUGCUCAGGAGAAGGAAUAUGUCAGACAAGGUCAUGAGGCCAUGUCUGUGCUAGAACAGAUCCUAACCCAAGAGGACACCUGGAAAUUUGAAAAAAACAAUGACAUGGGAGACUCUGUGUACACCCUGGAGAUUCCCUUCCAUGGAAAGACUUUCAUUCUUAAGGCUUUUAUGCAGUGUCCCGCUGAGCUUGUGUAUCAGGAGGUGAUUCUGCAGCCAGAGAAGAUGGUCCAGUGGAACAAAACAGUCUCUGCCUGCCAGAUCCUUCAAAGGGUCGACGACAACACUCAAGUGUCAUAUGACGUCUCUGCCGGAGCAGCAGGAGGAGUUGUGUCUGCGAGGGACUUUGUUAAUGUUCGACGGGUGGAGCGCAAGCGAGACUGCUACCUGUCUGCCGGCAUGGCGACCGAACAUGACGCCAAACCUCCGACCGGUCGCUUCGUCAGGGGAGAGAAUGGUCCAGGAGGAUUUGUGGUCCUCAAGUCCAGCAGUAACCCGUCAGUCUGCACCUUCAUCUGGGUCCUCAACACAGACUUGAAGGGUCGUCUGCCUCGCUACCUCAUCCACCAGAGUUUGGCUGCCACCAUGUUUGAAUUCAUGUCCCAUUUACGCCAACGUAUUGCCGACCUGCGGCCUUCUCUCCGCUCCCACCACCAUCACCACCACCACCCUUAAAGCCGGAGAGACAUCUAAGCUGGUUGGGAAGUAUCACUGCUGUUUUUUUUUUAU